AUGGAUCUAUUACAAUUGAUGCUAGCAUCCGUUUCGGAUGAUGACUUCAUAAAAGAUCAACCAGUGAAAACUGGAACUAAUGUUGACACUGAUAUUGAGCCACCGCUAGUUCGAAAAAUGACCAAACAUGAAAUUGCCUCAAAUAUUUUUCUCUUCAUGAUUGCUGGCUAUGAAACGACAAGUACGGCACUUGCCUAUGUGUCGUAUGUUCUUGCCACUCAUCCCAAUGAACAGAGUAAAUUACAAGCACAUAUCGAUGCUCAUUUCGAUUCGAUUACUGAAGAUGAUAUGCCAAAUUAUGAAAAGAUUUCGGAAAUGGACUACUUAGAUAUGUUUAUUCGAGAAACUCUCCGUAUGUAUCCAAUUGCACCGAAUGCCGUCACUCGACAGAAUACGAAAGAGUUUCAUAUCGAUGGUGUAGGCGUUAUUCCGAUUGGUACUAGUAUUACUGCGAAUCAAUACAGUUUGCACUUCAAUCCUGAUCUUUGGGGUCCAGUCGAUCCACAUACAUUCUAUCCAGAGCGAUUUACUACCAAGCGGCAUCCACUUGCAUGGGUUCCAUUCGGUGCUGGACCGCGAAACUGUGUUGGAAUGCGAUUUGCACUAAUGGAAAUGAAAAUAGUACUAGUUCGAUUUCUUAAAAUCUAUUCGAUUAUCGAUUGUGGUGAACAAACGCGCCAAUCGAUUGAACAACUCGAAGAAAUGAAAGUUAUUGCACCAAAAAAUAUGAUUGUACGUUUGCAAUGUCGAGAUGAACAAAUAUCAUAA